AGUUUUUUAAAAAAUUAUGACAAAGCUAGCAAUCCAGAAACAGAAAAUCAAUAGUUGACUUCAGUUUUGCUUUAUAAAGAGGUUAAGAACAUCAUUGAGAGUCAAGAGAAUCAACAUGGCUAAUUUUGAUAUUCCAACAAUUGAUGUUUCUCCAUUUAUUAGAUCAGAGGAAAAUGAAGAAGGGAAAAAGAAGUCUAUUGAACAAAUGAGAGAAGCUUGUGUUAACUAUGGUUUCUUCCAAAUUGCGAAUCACGGAAUUCCUUUGGAGUUGUUGAGCAGAAUCAUGGAUAUGUACAAGACUUUCUUUGCUUCUUCAGAUGAAGAAAAACUAUCGGUACCUUCUGAUACUUAUUUCAAAAGCACAAAGAAAUCAGCUGGGACUUAUGAGCAGCUAUUGUUUCAUCUUUCAUCCUCCGGCUUCAAUGUCUGCCCCGAAAAUCCACCUCAUUUCAAGCAAGUAUUGGAGGAGAUGGCUUCGCAUUUCACAAAAUUAGGAUUUGUAUUGGGGAGAAUCAUAAGUGAGUGUCUGGGCCUCCCUCCUAACUUCCUAGCAAACUACAGAAAUGAUCAGGCUAGGGAUUUCUUGCUCGGCAUCCACUACAGUCCAGCGACAGAAGCUGAGAACGUAGGAAAAUCCGCACACAAAGAUCCUGGCUGCAUCACCAUUCUCUACCAGGCUGAAGUCGGAGGUCUUCAGGUUCACAAAGAUGAACAGUGGAUUCCCAUAGCGCCUUCGAAAGACAAACUAGUAGUUAAUAUUGGUGAUGUCAUUCAGGUGCUAAGCAACAAUAAAUUCAAGAGUGCAUCGCACAGGGUGAUCAGACCAAGAGAAACAAACCGUUACUCGUGUGCUUUCUUCUAUAACGUGCAAGGAGACAAGUGGGUUGAGCCAUUACCACAAUGCACCAAGGAAAUUGGAGAAUCGCCCAAGUACAGAGGAUUCCUCUUUAAAGAAUAUGUGCAGUUGAGACAGAGAGACGAGACUCAUCCACCAGCUAGACCUGAAGAUCAAUUCAAUAUAACCCACUACUCAAUUUUCUAAUUAGAGGACAAGUCUAUAUGGAAAGAAACAUAGCAUUAAUAUGUAUGUCAAAGUGUGUGAUUAUCUCAUUUAAACUGUUACUGGGGACACAAUUAUUUUCUUAAUUAUGUUAACACGUCUUUGAUCGUACAAGCCUGAUUCUUUGAAGAGGAAUCCUCAAUGCACUGUUUGUUGUUACUGAUUUAAAAUAAUCAAAUUGCAGACUUGUUUGUU